AUGAAUAAUAAUAUAUUUUUAAUCCAGUUGCGGUUCAUCGACGAAAACACCCUAAGUUCAACACUUUCUACAAUGAGACAUAACAGUUUUCAGUCAGAUUUUUUAAGAGAUGCUGAAUAUUUAAGGAGGCUGAGGGCUUUAAGGCCAGAUCAACCUGUGUUUCUUUAAUAUAUAAAAUUAUUUUUUUUUGUAAAUCUUUUUUAUAAAAUUGAUA